UUGUCUAGUAUUAUUUCAAGCAUUUCAGAUAAGCCAGCUCCACCAGAAGGUCCUUUGAAUGUAACGGACGUCCAUGCAGAUCACGCUACUUUGGACUGGAAGCCACCGGUUGAUGAUGGCGGAUUACCAAUUGAUAAUUAUGUCAUCGAAAGAUUCGAUACAACUGCUGGACAUUGGGUGCCGUGUGCGAAGGUUGACGGCGGGCAAACUUCGGCUGUUGUUGACGGUCUGAUUGAAGGACACGAGUACAAAUUUCGUGUUUCUGCAGCUAAUGCCGAGGGUGAAUCUGAGCCACUGGAAACAUUUGGAGCAAUUGUUGCUAAGAACCCGUAUGAUACACCUGGAAAAGCCGGAAAGCCCGAAGUUACGGAUUGGGAUAAGGAUCACGUUGAUUUGAUAUGGGCGCCUCCUGCAAACGACGGUGGUGCUCCUAUUGAAGGAUAUGUUAUUGAAAUGAAAGAAAAGUUUGCUCCUUUCUGGAAAGAAGUGAAGGAAGUGCCGGCUGAACAACUUACAGCAACAAUUGGUAAUUUGAAGGAAGGAUCAGAAUACGAAUUCAGGGUACGGGCUAAGAAUAAAGCCGGUCCAGGAGAUCCUUCCGAUCCAAGCGAAUCCGUAAUUGCAAAGCCAAGACAUUUGGCACCGAAGAUUGACCGUAGUGCAAUCGAAGAGAUCAAAGUACGGGCAGGCACUGAUUUCCAGUUGAAUAUUCCCGUUUCCGGCGAACCACCGCCAACUGUGACUUGGUCGUUUCAGUCUGAGCCGCUCGAGUCAACUGACAGAAUUAAGAUUGAGAAUCCAGAUUACCGGACAAAAUUUGUCGUAAAACGAGCUCUUCGUUCCGAUACUGGUACAUAUGUAAUCAAAGCAGAAAAUGAAAGUGGUGUGGACAUGGCUGAAGUUAAAGUUCUUGUCUAUGAUCGUCCUGGAGAGCCGAAGGGUCCAUUGAAGGUGAAUGAUGUUCAUAAGAAUGGAUGCACACUAAACUGGGAAGAACCGGAAGAUGAUGGCGGUGCGGAGAUCAGUCAUUAUGCCGUCGAGAAACAAGAUGUAAAAACGGGACGUUGGACAUUUGCUGGUGAAACGGCUGGUACUUCCAUGCAAAUUGAUGACCUAAGUCCUGGACACGAGUACAAAUUCCGUGUUAAGGCCGUCAACAAAUAUGGAGAAUCGGAUCCUUUGGAAAACACUAAACCCAUUAUAGCUAAAGAUCCAUUCGAUACUGCUGACAAACCAGGUACUCCUGAAAUUUUGGACUGGGACAAGGAUCACGCCGAUUUAGAGUGGACUCCACCAUUGAACGAUGGUGGCGCACCAAUCGAGAAAUACAUUAUUGAAAAGAAAACUGCCAGCGGCGAUUGGGAAUAUGCAGAGGAAGUCCCGGCGGACCAAACGAAAGCUACGGUCGGGCACUUAAAAGAAGGCGCCACUUAUCAGUUCCGCGUAAAAGCAAUUAACAAAGCCGGUGCGUCUAUGCCAUCAGAUCCAAGCCGCAGCUUAGUGGCCAAAGCUCGGAAUCUACCCCCAAAAAUUGAUAGGUCGACGUUAAAUGAAGUUCGCGUGAAAGCUGGUGGCAGCAUUGAAUUUAACGUUAAAGUCGAAGGCGAGCCACCUCCGAAAUGUGCUUGGUUUAACGGAGAUACACCGCUCACAACGUUUGAGCGAACGAAGGUUGACAAUUCGAUAGAUUAUCGGACAAAACUGGUCACAUUGAGCGCAGUUCGUAGUGAUUCUGGCACUUACAAGAUUGUCGCGACGAACGAAAACGGCAGAGAUGAAGCAGAAGUGAAAGUUGUGGUGCUUGACGUUCCAGGCAGUCCGAAAGGUCCUUUGGAAGCUAAAGACGUCACGAAGGAUUCUUGUACAAUUGUCGCGACGAACGAAAACGGCAGAGAUGAAGCAGAAGUGAAAGUUGUGGUGCUUGACAUUCCAGGCAGUCCGAAAGGUCCUUUGGAAGCUAAAGACGUCACGAAGGAUUCUUGUACAGUACAGUGGAAUCCGCCGGAUGACGAUGGUGGAUCGCCCAUUUCACACUACGUCGUGGAAAAACAGGAAGCUAAUGGUCGUUGGGUACCAUGUGGAGAAACAUCAGAUACCGGUCUGCGCGUAAAUAAGCUUGUCGAAGGAAAAGAAUACAAAUUCCGGGUGAAAGCCGUGAACCGUCAAGGCGAGUCUCAACCUCUGACCUCGGAUUAUCCAAUUACAGCAAAGAAUCCAUUUGAUGAACCAGGGGCACCCACAGACGUCACCGCAGUAGAUUGGGAUAAAGACCACGUUGAUCUGGAAUGGAAACCACCACAAAACGAUGGUGGUGCACCAAUCGAAAGCUACAUAGUGGAAAAAAAGGAAAAAUUUGGUGACUGGGUACCAUGCGCAACUGUUCCAGGCAACAUGACUAAGGCUACUGCAGCUAAUUUGGUUUCUGGUGAAACAUACCAGUUCCGCGUUAGAGCUGUAAAUAAGGCUGGAAAAGGUGAACCGUCGGAUCCAACCGGUGAAAUUAUUGCAAAACCUAGAAAACUUGCACCAAAAAUCAAUUUGGCUGGGCUUUUGGAUAUUCGUGUCCGGGCUGGAUCACCAAUUCACCUGAACGUGGAUUACGAAGGGGAACCAACACCGAAAGCAUCCUGGAAAAUCAAUGACUCUGAAUUCACGGGUUCUGGUCGAGCUGAAGUUAUUACGAAAGAUAAAACAAGCGAAAUUCUGAUACCUUCGUCGGUCCGUGCUGAUACUGGUAUUUAUACAAUCCAUGUGGAAAACGAACAUGGCAGGGAUAAAGCGUCGUGUACUGUGACCGUGCUGGACGUACCGGGAACGCCGCAAGGACCAGCAAAAAUUAGCGAUAUAAGCAAAGAAGGCUGCACGUUGAAAUGGAAACCCCCAGAGGAUGACGGCGGGUCUGAUAUCAUGCAUUAUGUGGUUGAGAAAAUGGAUACCACUCGCGGUACUUGGCAAGAAGUGGGUCACUUCCCUGAUUGCACCGCUAAAGUAUCGAAAUUAAUCAAUGGUAAGGAAUAUAAGUUUCGCAUCAAAGCAGUUAACAUGCAGGGGGAGUCAAAACCGCUAGAAACCGAAGAAAUGAUUGCAAGGAAUCAGUUUGAUGUUCCACAACCAACAUCGAAGCCAGAAGUUACCGACUGGGAUAAAGACAGAAUCGACAUCGAAUGGAAGCCUCCAAGUGACACGGGUGGGCUACCCAUCAAGGAAUAUUUGAUUGAAAAAAAAGAGAAAGGGAGUUCGGUGUGGAUAGAAACUGGAAGGACCAACGGUGCAAAGACAUCAUUUUCUGCGAACAACCUCAAACCUGGAUCAGAAUAUGAAUUUCGGGUAAUUGCUGUGAACGAUGCUGGUCCGUCGGAUCCAUCAGAGCCUUCGGACGCUCAAAUGGCUCGUCCUCGAUAUGUUAAACCGGAAAUUAUAUCACAAACACGAAAAUUUAAGGUAAAGGCGGGUUUGUCUUUGACCGUCGAGGCGGAAUACAUUGGUUCUCCAGACCCAUCGGUAGCCUGGGAAUUCCGGGAAGGUCAACCUUUGGGCGAGAACCUUCUGGUAAGUACGAAGGCCGGAGUGCUGUCAAGCACAACAAGUUUCUUUAUUCCAUCUGCUAAACGGUCUGAAGGUGGUAGUUAUACACUAAAAUUAAAAAAUGAAGUUGGCGACACUUCAGGAAUUUUUGAGGUCAUUGUACAGGAUCGGCCUUCACCACCAAAAGGACCAAUUGAAGUUACUGAUGUGACCAAAGACGGGUGUGUCCUGAGCUGGCAACCGCCGGAAGAUGAUGGUGGAGCGGAAAUCAUGAAUUACGUUGUGGAGAAACGUGAUUUGCAGUCAAAUACUUGGGUACCAGUAUCAACAUUUGUUCCUGGAACCACAGCUACAGUUUCGAAAUUAUCUGAAGGGCAUCAGUACGAAUUUAGAGUCAUGGCUGAGAACGCAAAUGGCCGGUCCGAUCCACUAAACACCGAUUCGCCAAUAACUGCAAAAGAUCCAUUCGGCACUCCGGACAAACCAGGGCGACCAACUGUUACUGAUCAUGAUGUGGAUCAUAUUGACAUUGAAUGGGACCCGCCCAAAGAUGACGGUGGUAAUCCCAUAUCGCAUUAUGAUAUCGAGCGAAAAGAUCUGAAGACCGGACGCUGGAUCAAAGUGAAUACUGAACCUGUGAAAGGUACCAGCUUUACCGAUGAUCGUGUACAGGAAGGUCAUACUUAUGAGUAUCGGACCGGACGCUGGAUCAAAGUGAAUACUGAACCUGUGAAAGGUACCAACUUUACCGAUGAUCGUGUACAGGAAGGUCAUACUUAUGAGUAUCGGGUUCGGGCUGUCAAUAAGGCUGGUGCUGGUGCACCGUCGGAUCCAUCAGCUGCAGCUACUGCUAGACCAAUGUUCCAGCCUCCACAAUUUGACAUCGACAUCGACGGCAAGGAGUUUAGAGUGCGAGCUGGAGAGCCACUGGAUAUCAACAUUCCCUUUACUGCGUCACCGAAACCUGAGGUGAAAUGGGUGAAGGAUGGCCAGUCACUCAGCAAUGUAGAAACCGAUGACUCAAGGACGCGUUUAUUCAUCCCAGAAAGUAAACGCUCUGACUCUGGAAAAUGCACAAUAACUGCAUCAAAUCCAUACGGUGAUGCACAAGCAACGAUCAAAAUUUCUGUGCUGGAUAGGCCGGGACCACCGCAAGGUCCACUGUUGUAUCCAGAAACAUCGCGUCAUUCUGUGACGCUGAAAUGGAAUCCUCCAGAAGACGAUGGCGGCUCUGCAAUUACUGGAUAUCGUAUUGAAUACCAGGAGUUAGGUGCAUCAAGCUGGGAGCGUGUUAUUGAGGCAGUAGGUGGUACUACAUAUACUGUCCGUGCACUCGAUCACGGGAAAGAGUAUCGUUUUCGUGUUCGGGCUGAAAACAUGAUAGGAUUAAGUGAACCAUUAAUUGGUGCCCCAGUCAUUGCUAAAGAUCCAUUCGACCCACCAGGACCACCGUCAACUCCUGAAGUUACUGGAUAUGAUCGCAACCUGAUAAAUUUGUCUUGGAAUCCACCGCAUAACGACGUUACUGGAUACGAUCGCAACCUGAUAAAUUUGUCUUGGAAUCCACCGCAUAACGACGGUGGCUCACCUAUCCUCGGCUAUGUGAUAGAGAAAUUUGAAAAGAAAGGUGGUGGUGAUUGGUCACCGGUCAAGAUGCGUCUCAUUAAGGAAACUGAGGCUACUGUAACUGGCUUGAAAGAAGGUGAAACUUAUCAGUUCAGGAUUCGAGCCGUAAAUGCUGCCGGCGAAGGUGAACCGAGUGGCAGUUCGGAACCAACAAUGUGCCGCCCGUUCGUUACAGCACCUGGAGCUCCAGACCAGCCGAGGAUCGGUAAGGUUACGAAGAAUUCGGCAGAAUUAACCUGGGCCCGUCCGUUAAAAGAUGGCGGAGCACCGAUUGAAGGUUAUAUCAUCGAAAAAAGAAAAGCUGGUACUAGUGACUGGGAGCUCUGCAAUGAUAAACCUGUGAAAGAUACGAGAUUCGUAGUGGCACCGUUGGAAGAGAAUGAAGAAUACGAGUUCCGUGUGAAGGCUGUCAAUUCAGCUGGAGAAGGAGAACCAUCCAGGCCAACCGAGAUGGUACGCAUCGAGGAACAGCCAGGGCGGCCGUGCUUAGAUCUGUCCGGCGUGAAAGAUAUCACGGUCAAAGCUGGCGAAGACUUUGAAAUUAAGAUUCCAUUCACUGGCGGCAAUCCAAAACCAGUUGCAACUGUGUUCAAUGAUUUACACGAGAUAUAUGGGGACGACGACCGUGUCAAAAUUGAGGUAAAAUUUCUAUUUACAAAAAUGGAAUUAUUUAUAGUAAGCGAUGGUUUUGUAACAUUGACAACAAAGGAAGCGAAGCGAACAGAUGCGGGACCAUACCGUAUUACACUGAGUAAUCGGUUCGGAAAAGACACUGCUAAGUUGAAUGUUAAUGUCUUGUCACCGCCUGGAAAACCAGUUGGUCCAAUAACACCUAGCGAAAUAACUGGUGAAGCAGUGACGCUUCAUUGGAAUCCACCAGUGGAUGAUGGUGGUGCUGGAAUCACUAAUUACGUAGUCGAAAAGCGAGAACCUGAUGGCAGCUGGACUAAGGUUGGACAGCCAGCUGGGACCAGCUUUCGAGUUCGCAAUCUUGAAAAUGGUCAUCCUUACGAAUUCCGAAUUUCUGCUGAGAAUCAGUACGGUGUUGGUGAACCGCUAGAGACCAUCGAACCAAUCGUUGCAAAAGAUCCGUUUGGUGAGUGCUCAUAAAA